GCUUGGCUCUGUCGGUGUACCCGGUGGCUUUGCUCUGUCGGUGUACCCGGUGGCUUUGCUCUGUCGGUGUACCCGGUUGGUUUAUCGAUCCGCUCGGAGGGGCUCCCCAAAGGGUGCACAAUCUGCUCCGCUCCGCCCCGUCCCGCGGGCUCGGGCAUGUUUAACGGAGUGAACCCACGUGAAGCCGUGACCGUGGGUGAUGGAUUCUCCCUAUGCAAACGGAGCCUACACCCCCCCGUACCCGCCAGCUCCCGGUGCUGCCCCGCACUAUGCCAGCCUGCCGCAGACACGGGGGUACUACUGCUCGGGGCCCCCCCAGGCCCCCUACCCCACGGAGCCCACGGGCAUCUACCGGCCCCCGUCGCCUGCUCCCCCCUGGAGCUAUGCCCCACCGGACUGCCCCACCGAAGGCUCCUCUCUCCGCAGGCAGCAGGUUCCUGCCUACUCCCCACCUCAGACCCCAGGAAUGCCUGUCCCACAGUAUCCAUAUGGAGAGGGCAAUCCAGGGAUCACAGCACAGGGGCCUCCACCACAGCCCAGACCCCCAGAGGACACGUGGGGCCCCCCCAGUGCCUACGGGGUGCAGCCACGUUACGGGUGGCACACGGCCCCGGUGCCUGGCAACUCCUUUGUCUCUGAGUCCCACCCUCCCUGGGCUGCCAGCGGAGCUCCUGCCCACCCUCCCGCCUGGGACCCAAAGGAUUACGACAAACCCUCGCAAGGCACAAACCAACAGAGCUACUACCCUGAUGGCAGCCAGCAGCACCCUGGCACAGGUGGUGAGCACAGGCCAGGCAGCACCAAGCCCCUGCCCCCCAGGGCCAAGGUGCAGUACAGUGCUCAGCCCCACAUGUACGACGCGGCCCCUCGGAAGCUUUCGGCUGGCAAUAGAGAGGUUGGCUUCAAGCCUGCUGAGCAGCCUUCCCCCAGCUCUGCAGCCAUCCAGCCAGAGAUCCAGAGGAUCCUCCACGUCCUGGGGGAGGCUGAACAGCUGGAGCAAGAGGUGGAUGAGUUUGUAGGGAAAAAGACAGAUAAAUCCUACCGGCUUCUGGAGGAGAUGUUGACCAAGCUGCUGCUGGAGCUGGAUUCCAUCGAGACUGGUGGCCAGGACAGUGUUAGGCAGGCCAGGAAAGAAUCUGUCCACAGAAUCCAGGCCAUACUGGAAAAACUGGAAAGAAAGGGACUGUGAGAGCACAUCAGCCACAGCACACAGCCUGCUGGUGAGGUUCCAAAGAGCUUCAGCUCCGCUCGGUCCCAUCUCCUUCUGCCUGCGCACUGCUGACAGUGGAGUAGCAAUAAGCCCUGGAGUUAAAACCACACAAAAUGGAACAAAAUCACCAAAAACAACCCCCCAGCCCCUGCCCAUGAAUCCAGCCCCCCACCCAGAAUCAGCUUGGCAGUGGAGAAAUUAAGGGAGGCCUGAAGCAGCAAAGUGAGUUGUUUCCACGCUUUGGAAAGCAGAAGCACCUGAGGUGCUCAUGCUGCAGAGGUCUCCUUGGGGGUUCUGCAUCCUCCUCCUCAGCAGGAAGAGAAUCCCUCUACAAAGUUUCUUCCUCAACCCAGGCCCCAGGCUGUAAGGACCUUCUCCAGCCACAGCAGUUCUCUGAACAGCCCAAAGGCUCCUCAGAUGUCACCACAGCACCACCACUCGCAGCCACUCACUAAGGCUGCCUCUGUGCUCAGCUUCAGCUUCCUCACCCUCUAAACCUGUGUUGUCCUGGGGUUGGGGCUGGUUUUAGUGCUGGGCCCAUGCUGGCAGCCCAUCAAUGCAAGCAGGAGCUCCUCCUCUGUCACCAAGAGCCAGUUUGUGGGCACAGGAGCACAGCCUGGAAAUCUGAGCUCUGCAGCUGGAAAGGGAGAGGCAGAGGAACCCAAAGCAGCUGCAUGCUUGGAAGUGCUUCCCAGGGUCACUCGUGGGGUAAACCCCCACUUUUAUUUGUGGUGUCCUCCCACACACUGCAUGGCCACGCUGGUGGCACUGCAGAGGAGCAGCUCAACCUGCUGUUAACCUUCUGGUUAAGACAUGUUUGGUUGAGUCAUUGCUGUGUCUGAGGAGAUAAUAAACCCCCAGCGACUUUUAAGCAUAAUUUUGUAAUUAA